CCCUCGUGCCACCAAACGAAGCUCUUUAAUAGUUCAUCAUGUCCGAGGAAGCUUCUCACAGUAAGAACAAUGUCAACGAUGGGUCGGAUAAUGAGGCUGACGGCGGUGUACGACGGAACUGGGAGGCAUCGUUCUUGGCUCUGCUCGACUACAAGAACAUUUACGGCAACACGUUGGUUCCGUCGGCCUACGAGCAAGACACUGCCUUGGGCCAUUGGGUCCGCAAACAGAGGCGAUACGAGUCCUCGGGAAAGUUGCCUCCCGAUAAGCGUCAGAGAUUGGACGCGAUUGGAUUUGUAUGGAAGCUUCGCGGUGAGCAACUUCCAGAACGACAGCCGUCUACCAGACGUCAACAAAAAGAAAAACCAGCACAACAAAAAGAGAAACCAGCACAACAAAAAGAAAAGCCACCCCAGCAUGUGCUGUUUCAAAAGCCCAAGCCAAAACCAGAGCCAAUGCAAGUUCGAUCGGCGAGUCUUACUUCGGAGAACCACAAAGCGAUUAGUGCUGCAGCUCUCAAGAAGCGAAACUGGGACGAAAGUUUUGAGGCUUUGGUAGUCUACAAGGAAGAGUUUGGUCAUACCAACGUGUCCAGAAGCUACCAUGACCAUGCGCUUGGCCAAUGGGUAGGGAAACAAAGGAGACAACAAUCCAAGCUUACAAAGAAACAGCGUGAAAAUCUCAAGUCUCUUGGAUUCGAUUUUGCACGUGUUGGCACGAGAAGUAAGGAUGUCUGGGAGGAUAACUUUGCCAUGUUGGCACAAUAUCAAGAAGAACACGGAGAUUGUAUGGUGGAUGAAGACCAUGAACUUUCAGCGUGGGUAGCCGAGCAACGUCAAUCGUUUCUAGAGGAAAGGUUGCCCCCCAAACGAGCAAAGUCGCUAGAGUCCAUUGGGUUUCAGUUCUAUACCGACCCAUCUAUAUUGGACGACAUCAACAUUAAUAGAAAGGGCAUCACGGGUAAAAAAGAGAAAACUUCACUCUCGGAGAGAUGGGGAGUGCAAUACGAAAGUCUUGUCCUGUUCUACGAGCAAAAUGGACAUUGCCUAGUGUCGAGGGGCACGCACAAACAACUCAGUUACUGGGUAACACGACAACGACAACUCAAUCUGCAAAACAAGUUGAAACCAGAACGAAAGGAACUCCUGGAUGAAAUCAACUUUGAAUGGUACAGCGGUAUCAACGAACUGCCAGAGCAUUACUUUGACGAAAUGCUGCAACGCCUGGAGGACUUCAAGUUAGAAUUUGGUCAUGUGGAAGUACCGAUAAGUUAUCGGAGAGGCGGUUUGGGACAAUUCGUUGAGUCGAUGAAGUUGACAGGGGCAGAAGGCCAAAUGUUACCGGAAGAGGCCCAAAAGCUCUUGCGGCUCGGCUUUGCCUGGACAGAGAAUCGAAAAUCAUGGUUCAAGCAUUAUGAAAGGGUUGCCGACGAAAUAGAAUCAAGUCGAGGUUGUAAUGAAUUGAUGCUGUCUGGGAGAUCAGAGAGGUGGCUGAAAGUGCAGUUCAUGCUCCUAGAGUACGAUCUCCUGCUUCCAAAGCGAGUGGAAAAGUUAGAAGACUUGGAUGCUGAGUGGGAUGGAGAAACGCUGUUGUCGAAGGAGAACGAUGGAACCGACAACACUCCGGGGGAUAACUCGGAUUCUGACAACGAAAUCUUCUCGACGGGAGCCAUGUUCAAAGCUGCGGCGAUGGCAUGGUCGCCUGACGGCAAGACGAAGCGUGUUGAUGUCCCAGAGCAGCAGAAGGCGAAUCGAGCAGAAGACACAACCAAUCAAACAGGACCUGGCACUCCAGCGAAGGAUCAGGAACAAAGCGCUAUGGAUAUCAGUCCGACAGAAACCAACCAUGAUGACAGCGGCAAGGACUGUACAGGUCCAGAAGCCGCGGAAAAAGACUCUGACACAAUUCAACAAUCUGAAUCUACGGAAGGCCAAGCUGCCGCUGACAGUGAAGCCGAAAGAGUCGAUCAAACCAACGCCCCAGCGCCCGAAAGCGGGGCUGAGGCUGGGCCCGCGGAGCACGAUACCGCCUCGACAGAGAAGAUUGAUACCGACAAGGUCGAGGGAUCCAAAUCCAGCACGGACGAAACCCGGCCGACCCAGUCCAAGCGGCAAAGUCCAGAUACCGAAGAAGCCGAAAAUGCGACUGCCGGCGAUGUUGUGGAAGGGGAACCACUGCCAAAGAAAGCACGAGUGGAGAAGGUCGACGGUGAACAGCACAAGCAGGAGACACCGAUUGACCCUUCCGAUGGCGUAGCAAAUGCAGCAGAAAACGCGAAGACUGAACCAGAAACGAAGCCGGCGGAGACAGGCGAGUCCGUUGCCGACGAAUCACAGGACACUGAUAAGUCCGCUAUGGAUACUGGAGAACCAGAGCAGAACAAAGACGACGAGGUUCCACAAAAAGAACAAGAAGCAGUUGAUGUGUAG